AUGAGAGCUUUGCUGGAUAGUAGCUCCCAAAUAAACAUAAUUACAGAAACGGCUGUGAGAAAGCUGGGAUUACAACCAACUAGUUACCAUAUACACAUUCGUGGUCUGGGCGGAGCGGCGCAACAAUCGCAACAGAAGGUAACGUUGUCAUUGCAAUCAAGAAUCACUCCGUUUGCACGGAAGAUAGACGCUAUAGUUUUACCACAUAUAACAUCCUCUCAACCACCGCAAGGUCUGGAUUCAAGGAAUUGGGCCAUACCCGGCAACAUUCAGCUUGCCGAUCCUCAUUUUGACCGGGAAGGGCGUAUUGAUCUACUUCUCGGAGCUGACAUCUACUACGAACUAUUAGCUACAGGGCAGAUGCGGCUAUCAAGGAACCUGCCACUGCUGCAAAAUACGGUCUUUGGCUGGAUAAUUGCUGGAAGGGUUGCAACAUCCUAUCAGAAAGAGGUUACAUGCGGCAUCCUCAACACCGAUGAUUCCAAGCUCAGCGAACAGAUAGAGCGUUUUUGGAAAUUGAAGGAACCGGAAUCUACAAAGAACCUUGCGUUGACAACGCCAGAAAUAAAGGGUGAAAAUCAUUUUGCUCAAACCAUGAAACGAACGAACAAUGGACGUUUCAUUGUGAAACUGCCUUUCAAGGUGGAUCCAGCAAAACUCGGCAAAUCUAGGGGCAAUGCGGAGAAGCGACUUUUCAAAUUAGAAUGGAGAUUAGCACGAAACCCAGAACUACGCAAACAGUACAAUGAAUUUAUGGACGAAUACAAGCAACUGGGGCAUAUGACGGAAAUAGAUGAAGGAAGUAUUCCGAGUCUUCAUUACUUUCUUCCCCAUCAUAGCGUUCUGAAGCCAGAGAGCACCACCACUAAACUUAGAGUAGUUUUUGACGCCUCUUCGGAAACCUCUUCUGGAUACAGUUUGAACGAUGUACUUGCUACAGGCCCUACCAUCCAAUCCGAAUUAUUUACCAUUCUCGUACGAUUUCGGCUGCCUUGCUUUGUUUUCACUGCUGACAUCGAAAAGAUGUAUCGGCAAGUCCAGGUGUCGGAGGAAGACAAGAGAUUUCAACUAAUUCUAUGGCGAGAUGAGCCUAAUGAACCUAUAAGAUGUUAUCAGCUGAACACGGUCACAUAUGGUACUUCUUCUGCACCAUAUCUAGCCACCAAAUGCCUACAAGAAUUGUCAUCACAGACAACGCACAAAUACCCAUCCGGUUCGACUGCAUUAAGACGGGAUUUUUAUAUGGACGAUGUGAUGUCAGGUGCAAACACCUUGACAGAAGCUAUUGAGACGCAACAUGAACUUCGCACAAUCUUGCAAUCAGCCGGCUUUAAGCUUCGAAAGUGGUGUGCAAGCAACAAGAAUCUUUUAAACAACAUUCCUGUUGAAGAUCAGGCACUCCAACUGGACAUAACCCAAGAAAGGGAGGAAAACGUGAAGACACUAGGAUUAGUUUGGACUCCUAAGACAGAUGAAUUUCAAAUUAGAUGCCCAUACACGGAAUCUAAGAAAGUAACAAAGAGAUCAGCGCUAUCCGAUAUCGCUCAUCUGUUCGAUCCGCUAGGAUUGAUGGCACCAGUUACAGUUACUGCUAAAAUCUUUCUUCAAAGGCUGUGGAGUCUCAAAAUAGGUUGGGAUGAAGAAAUUUCUUUAGAACUACAGGCGGAAUGGUCAAGAUAUUAUAAUGACUUGCAGGGGCUGAAUCAAAUUAAGGUACCUCGUCACAUAUUUGGAGGGAAGGUACCUGAAAAAAUACAGUUACAUGUCUUUUCGGACGCUUCGGAAAAGGCGUAUGGUGCAGCGGUAUAUUUACGAGCUAUUCAGUCAGAUGGGGUUCGCACAGUUCGUCUUUUAUGUGCAAAGUCGAAGGUGGCACCAUUAAAACGAGUGACCCUACCAAGAUUGGAAUUAUGUGCAGCAAGGCUAGAAGCUGAACUCGUUCAUCGGCUUAAACGGGACAUAGAAAUUCCAGACUAUAAUUGCUUUUACUGGACCGACUGCGAAAUUGUCCUAAAUUGGAUCAAUGCAGAAGCAUCGUCAUUUUAUACGUUCGUGGCUAAUCGAGUCGCUGCUAUACAACAAAAAUCCUCACCCAAGCAAUGGAGGCACAUACAUUCAAAGGAGAAUCCAGCAGAUUUGGUAUCGAGAGGUGUCGCUCCAGGAAAACUGCAGAAUUAUGCCCUCUGGUUCUAUGGGCCUAUAUUUCUUUAUGGGACUGAAGAGUGCUGGCCGGAAAGGUUUCAUAGUGUAGAUACCACCUUGGAGAAAAAACGUUCAAAAAUGGUAUUGGCCAUGGUGAAGGACUCAAUUUCCCUUAUCAAUCAAAUCGACCAUCAAAACUCUUUUCAACGACUGCAACGCAUAAUGGCACAUGUUCGUAGUUCGUUAGGAAUGCACGAACAACGAACCACAAGGAACGAGAAAAAUCGCUCUUAA